AACACACCUGUGUUCUGUUGUUUGUUUGAAAACAGCCGGUCAUUGAGGUUGAUAGAGAAAUGGCGGCUUCAUUUUUUGGAGAAAUCGUUGAGCCAGCAUCCAGAGCGUUUUUUGAUUUUGGAGAGGAUGACUUCGAUGAAGAAUCUUCGGCAGAAAAGUGUGAGUUCAAGAUAACAUGGAAAACUGAAGCUCUCAGGUACGACACCGUGCUGGUGUUUCAUGGAAAAAUUUCAAAUGCUUUUGCAGACCGCAGCUUUUUUGACCAAGGGCUUUGCUGUGGGACUGUGGAGAAGGUGACCAAGCAGUCUCUUAAGAAAGAUGCAGCCACGUUUUACAGUCUUCAAAAUGAUAUUCUGGCGUUGUCAGUCACUGCUGUUGAAGACAUUCAUUCUGUCCCAUUCAUUGAUUGCCUUGAUGAAAUAAUAAGCAAAACCAAAAGAGUGGUUGUCAUUUGCUCCCUCCCUGCUGCGCGGUAUUUGGGCGAACAGAGGAUUGAAGAUGGACUUCUAAGGUGCUUGGUGACCUCUGCCAAAAUCGAGGAUUUGAAAAUCAGAUGCACAACCCUUGAGCAGCCCAACUUUGUUCCUGGAGUACCAGCUGCAUUUAUGAGCUACUGCUGUCUGAAGCAGAAACCAGGGUACCUCUUGCUGUGCUACAGUGAUGAUGACCCAGACGUAGUUGAUUCGAGAACACUGCUGCCUUUCAACCCAAUCAUGACCUGCCCUCUGUUCAAAUCUAUCUGCAAGCGCGAGCACAGUUCUAAAUUGACUGGCAGUGCCUACGGUAACAUCUACAUGUAAUAAUCGCAAGCUUUUGUUUCAAUUUUAAAUAAAAUAAAUUAAAGAAAUUUCACAUGAAAAU